CCCUCCCCUUUUUUCUCAUAUCCCAACCUUCUCCAGGCCCCCUCCUCUCCGAAUGGAAGGCGACAAAUAACUCACAGAAGCAGGAUCUUCCCUCCUCCUCCUCUCUCUCUCUCUCGCUCUCUCUUUGCGUUCUUCGGGUCGAAAUCGUUGGUAUAGAGGGGAGGGAGGGGGGGAGGGGGGGUGCGGGGGAGAGGAGGGGGUGGUGAGUUGACGAGAUGAAGAGCGGAGGAGGGGCGGAGGAGUCAUCGGCGGCGGCGGCGGCGGCGCUGAAGAAGGGGCCGUGGACGGCGGCAGAGGACGCGAUCCUGAUGGAGUACGUGAAGAAGUACGGGGAGGGUAACUGGAACGCGGUCCAGAAGAACAGCGGCCUCAACCGCUGCGGCAAGAGCUGCCGCCUCCGCUGGGCCAACCACCUCCGCCCCAACCUCAGGAAGGGCCCCUUCACCCCCGAGGAGGAGCUCCUCAUCCUCCACCUCCACGCUCAGCUCGGCAACAAGUGGGCUCGCAUGGCCGCCCAAUUACCGGGGAGGACGGAUAAUGAGAUCAAGAACUACUGGAACACGCGGAUCAAGCGGCGGAAGCGUGCGGGGCUGCCUCUGUACCCGCCGGAGGUCCAGCGGCAGGUUUUACUCCAGCACGGCUACCACCUCCGCCCUCCCGCCACCUCCUAUCCCGCCUCUCCGGAUCCUCCCACGCCGCUGCCUGCUCCCGUUCCCCGCGCCCGGCUCCGCCCUCCGCCGCUCUCAUUGCUGCACCCGAUCACCUUCCCGUCCUCUCCUUCUCCGACGGUGGCGUUCUCGUCGUCCCCCUCCGCGACCGCGCCCAUCCCUCUCCUUGCUCAGAACCAAUUCUCGAACGGUCUUCCUUCCCAGUUCCCGCUCUCCUCCCCUGUCCUGCCUCCUUCUCCUCCCCUGUUCCCAUCUCAGCACCAGCCGCAGCUGCAGUUUUCUAUUUCCUGCCCUGUUUCGCCGGCUCAGCCGCCGCCGCAGUUCUCUCUUUCCUGCCCUGUUUCGCCGAAUCCGCCGAGCCCUUUAUUUCAGCCGCAGCAGGCGAUGCACUGCAAAUUGGGGAGUUUGGUUGUCAAUCCAUCACCUUCUUCGAUGCAGAUGCCCUUCAGGGGCGAGCUCCCUUCAAGCCAAAUACUGGGGGAGACGGGCGGCGGCUGCGGCGGUGCUUCCAUCGGGCUGCUCCGGUCGAGCAGCACUGGGCUGCUGGACGACAUGAUACGGGAGCUGCAGCGUGGUGUUGAGAUUCCGAGGGCGGACCUGCAGCCUCAGCCGCCGCCGGCCGCCGGAGCACAGGGUGGGGACGGUCACCUCGGUGGUAACGACGUCAGAAAAGGUGGCACCUUUUCUCCCCUUCAGGGCUCGGUUCAGGAAUCUCUCAGUAAGUUGGACGGCUCCGACUCUUCCAUUAAUGGAAUUGAGAUGAGGAGCGAAGUGACAAAUGAGAUCAGUCCUGUGCAUGACGACAUAACCAUGCUGUUCGAUACAAGACCGGCGCCCACAAUGCUUGCAACAAUGGUGGCCCCUGAAUGGUACAAUAGCGACAGCGGAGAAAUCUCCAAUGGUCCAUCAUCCGUCAUGACCGAUGACGACAUUGGGCUCGAAAUGCAUCAAUUGGCUUCAUCCCUUUCUAUCGCUCCCAUGAACCAGGAAUGGAACAUCAGAUCGUGAAUCUGAAAAACUUACAGCUUUGAACGUGCACAUGGUUUUUAGGCAAGGCUAGUGGAUGAUGGUCUGGAUUUUGAAGAGAAACUACCAUGUCAUAAAAUUCUGGUGCUUGUAUGCUUUAAAUUUCUGGAGAAUUGAAAAUAUCUCAUUAUGAAAUAUUAUGAACUUCUAUCUGGUGGCUAUGUUGCAUUUA